AUGAGCAAUCUUCUCCUUCGACAUGUCAAAUUAACUCAUCCUCAAGUAGCUUCGAUGUUACAAUAUCAAUGUCGUGUAGAUGCUUCAACAGCAUCAGUAGGAAGUAAAUCUGUUGUGCAACAAAGUCCAGUUAUAUUAGAUAAUACAAAACCACCUCCACCAUUAGAUGCUGAUCGUAUGCGUAUGCAUCCACGUAUUGGAAAUCGUGAAAUAGUUGGUUAUGGUUUAAAAGGAAAACCAGAAUAUUUUGAUUUAGUUAUGUUUCCUUGUCCAAGUAUUCGUUGGGAAGCUGAUACACCAGAAAUUGCUGAAUUAAGAAAAAAAGAAAAAGGUGAUUGGAAACAAUUAUCAGUUGAAGAAAAAAAACGACUUUAUCGAGCAAGUUUUCGUCAAACAUUCGAAGAAUUUACAGCUCCAACUGGUGUUUGGAAAUGGACCAUUGGAUGGACUUUAAUCACAUUAGCAGGUUUAAUUAUGGCAUAUGAUGGAUGGCGACGUGUUGCCUAUCGUUUUGAGAAACCAGAUAGUUUCAGUGACGAAAAAUUAAAGAGACAAUUACAAUAUCACAUCGCUGCUCGACAAGGUCCUAUGAGAGGCUUAUCAUCUAAAUGGGAUUAUGAAACUGGUUAG